GAUUAUUUUUCAUAAUCGUGUCGGGGCGAAUGUUUUUUGUAUAGCUUACUUGCACGUUAUUCCAUUUAAACUUUCCACAUUUGGAAAUAGCAUAUACACUGGACUAAUAUAUAGGAUGGACUUGUAUGGGAAGAUGGCUGCCACUCAGGAUGCAAAAGGGAAGGGAGAGGGAGGGGACCAGAACUUUGACUACAUGUUCAAGUUGCUGAUUAUUGGCAACAGCAGCGUAGGAAAGACGUCCUUCCUCUUCCGCUACGCUGACGACGCCUUCACCUCCGCCUUCGUCAGCACCGUGGGAAUCGACUUCAAAGUUAAAACCGUCUACAAGAACGACAAACGGAUCAAACUACAGAUCUGGGACACAGCCGGCCAGGAGAGGUACAGGACCAUCACCACGGCGUACUACCGCGGCGCCAUGGGCUUCAUCCUGAUGUAUGACAUCACCAACGAGGAGUCGUUUGGCGCCGUGCAGGACUGGGCCACCCAGAUAAAGACCUACUCCUGGGACAACGCUCAGGUGGUUUUGGCAGGAAACAAGUGUGACAUGGACGAGGAAAGGGUGGUCUCAGUGGACAGCGGCCGGCUGCUUGCAGAACAGCUGGGUUUUGAGUUCUUUGAGACGAGUGCCAAGGACAACGUGAACGUGAAGCAGACCUUCGAGCGGCUGGUGGACCUGAUCUGUGACAAGAUGUCGGAGAGCCUGGACACGGACCCGGCCGUCACCACGGGGGCCCCCACCGCCAAGCUGAGCGACAGCGCCCCGCCCCUUCAGCAGCAAGGGUGCAACUGUUAGUAGUCACCACUAGGGGGCACACAGGGGUCGGGAGGGUAGGUGGGGUUAUAUAGGGGUACGGUAAAAAAGCGUACAAAGCGUGCAGGGUUAUUGUCGCGCUCGUUGCACUAUUAGUGCACUAAUCGUUCCUCGUGUACCGAAAUGCUCUCCGGUCUAAGGUUCACGCUCUCUUUAGUAGUUGGUCUCAUCCCGUGAUGUAUUUAUCUGACGACCCCUUGUAUCAUGAGCAAAUAAUCAAGCAAACACACAGACCUUUUUAGACACGGCUAUGGAUAUGUAGGAAACAUCGAUAUAUAUAUAUAUAGAAAAUACAAAUGUUAGAGAAGUCACACUCAUCUCAAAUCGCGACUACUUAGUGUGCUUGUUAGCUAAGUAGCUUUAAGUAAUAAUAGGAAAACAUAUAUACAUAAAUAUUUAUAUAUUUAUGCAUAAUUUAGCCAUUGUAGAAUAGCUAUAAAACAAGAGUCAACCAGUCAGUGCAUUAAUUUCAUUCAAUCACUUCAAGUUUGGUCUCGUCAACAAACGUUUUGUUUGCAUUCAAUCUAAAGAUUUAUUUAAACUAUAUUCAGUUUAUGAUUUCAAUCUGCCAAAUAUAUGAUUCAUUGUAUAGUACAUUGUGACAUUGUUUAGCGCCUCGUGCCAGUGUAUUGAAUGUGUGGUGUGGUGUGGAUGUUUGUAUCGUGUGUGGGUUUGCAUGAGUUCUGUGUGUGACUCCAUCGGUGUACAUUUUCUGUUUCUGCCCUCAAAUGAUCUACCUUGGAUAAAAAGAAGUGGCCUUUUUAUAAUUCUCCAAUACGGCCUCUCUUUCGUUUCCUUUGUCCUUUUGUGUUUUGAACUGAACCCAGAAAUAGUCAUAUAGACUUGAUUACCGUGGAUUUGUGACCUUCUAACCACUAUAUCGGUUCAUGAACAAAUCAGUUGUUUGUGAUUUAGUUUCCCAUAUGACCCUUUAUAUUAUAAUGCUUUGAGCAUGCUGCCAACAAAAUGUGUCAAUCUUCUCUGAUGUUUUGCCAAGGCACUUCCGUUUUUAGCCUUGCCCAAAAUAAUCGGUUGAACUCAGAUAUUCAAGCACCCAAACCUGUAUAUGGAAUGGCUGAACUCCUCUGUUUAGGAUCUAAAUAAUUCAUAAAAAAACAAGAGUUGAAAACAUAUAUGACCAGCUGUGUCAUGGAAUAAACAGCCAUAUACUUAGACAUUGUUUAAUUUUGAAGUGCCCAAACAUAAUGUCAAUAUUUCACACUUUUGGCUUUAAAAUCCAUAUUUUUCAGAGAAAGAUACAUCCUACUAUCUGACUCUUCCUAUUGGGAUAUUCAUGAUAUAAACGGUUGGCUAACAGCAUAAACAGCAAGGCUAAUGCAGCCAGCUCAUAGUGGUGUUAGUGAAAAGUCAAGUCCACAUAUUAGUAUAUUAGUAUAACAUAUAGUCUUCGAGAAAAUUUUAAAGUCAGAAAGGCAAAGAACAACCAACACUUCAUAAAAUACAGUGCCAAAAAAAAGAAUGCUAAUACUAAACAAUAUAGGAAGUCAUUUUGCAUUUACCGUUUUUUGUUGCAUAGAUAAAUAUAGGUUCCAAAAAUGCAUGACUACAAUACUGACCUGUGUAGAAUUUAUAUUCUAAAAUUGUAUAUAAAUAUAUCACUCUAUGUUACGGAUAUAAGUGCAUUGUCAUAGCACAUGCUGUGAAAUGCAAUGGGCCAAUAAGUGCAAUAUUUUCUGAAUUAAUACCUGUAAAUAGUUUAUCCCUUCCCCAAGUGUGACAGCUAUGUCUGCAGGAGGUGGGAAAAACUUUGGUGAAUGGCACUGCAAAUGAUGCACUGUAAUCUCUCUUAUAGAGUGUGUGCUUCAUUCAGUAAUACAGCCAUUCACUCUGUGAACGUGUGUGUGUGUGUGUGUGUGCGUGUGUGCGUGCGUGUGUGUGUGUGUGUGUGUGUGUGUGUGUGUGUGUGUGUGUGUGUGUGUGUGUGUGUGUGUGUGUGUGUGUGUGUGUGUGUGUGUGUGUGUGUGUGUGUGUGUGUGUGUGUGUGUGUGUGUGUGUGAGAUUGGGAGUGUGUUUUGGUGAUUACAUAGAGUAUAUGUACGGUGUAUUCUUUGCGUAGACAUUUUAUACAAAUUCACGUACUGUAUGCUGUUCCUGCUAACUGUUGGUCUUUGGUUGAUCUUGUAUUAUAAUGUCAAAAUGCAGUGUUGAUGUGACCGAUAGUCAGGGAUAUAAUGUUGUCUACACCCUAUGCCACCCAGAGGACAUUCACAGUAAGGGAUACAAUUUCAUUCUCAAAAAAAUCCAUCGCGUGUGUGUGUAUUCAUAUAAUUGUACACGUACUUGACACGUGUGUAUGUGUGUACAUGUUAUUACCGUAUACUAAUAGCCAUGAAAUAAAUUGAAAUAAAAGUAUUUAUCUCAAGUAAAAAUUCAGAGAAACGUUUUAAUAGUAGCCGAAGUUAUACAACAUAAUACUUAGGGGGCCAGAACUGUUGCUCUUGUCAUAUAUAAUAUUGAAUAAUUUACAUAUUUGUUUCUAAGAGUGCAAGCAAUGUAAUAAGUAUGUUUGUGAGAUGAUAGGAAAUAAAUUAUA